AGUGUGUCUCACUCACACUAGUGGACACUGUGGUACACAGCGUCGCCGGUGGUUUGCAAUACUCCAUAUAAGCUUAUAGUUUGUGACAAUAUAUAUUUUAUUUUUCAAUAAAAAAUACUAUAUUGAUAUAAAUAUACUUCAAAACAACUCUGAAUAAGUAUGCCCAAAUAUGGGCAGGUAGAUCACUAAAAGUAUCGACACGUUUCAAUCUUUUUGUAAUUCUUACAUCAGUGUUAGUAGAAUAUCAGCAAUAAUAAAUUGUUAUUACUACGUGUUUACUACUGUGUUAAUAUUACAAAAUAUGGCAUCCGUGCAAAGAUUAGGUCAAAUUCUCCAGGGAAGACAUUUAAUUACAUCAAGAAUGGCAUAUUGUUAUAGUGCUGUUAGUAACAUUAAACACAACGCUUCAUAUUCAACAAAGAAAGUUGUAACCAAGAUUGAGCCUGUAACUGAAGAGAAUAAGAUGCAAGUUAGCACUACAGAAAAAGUCACAAGAAAUAUAAAAUCUGCUGGAUAUUUAGGCGUAAUAAUAGCUGGUGUUGGAAUUACUGGUGCAAUAUUGUAUACUCUGUUUUCUGAACUGUUUUCUAGUAACAGUCCAUAUGGAGUUUUUAGCAGAGCUCGAGUUUGUUGCAUGGAGCAUCCAAAAGUUGUUGAUCUUCUUGGAGCACCACUGAAAGCUUAUGGAGAGGAAACAAGGCGUGGACGCAGAAGACAUAUCAACCACAUGUAUUACAUAAAAAAUGGUAUUAAAUAUAUGAGAAUACAAUUUUAUAUAGAAGGAACAAGAAGACGUGGAACUGCAUAUGUCGAUGUAAAAGAAAGUUCAUCUGGAAAUUAUGAAUAUGUAUAUAUGUGUGUUGUUGUGAAUAAUAUUGGAACAAUCAUAAUAGAAGACAAUCGGAAUAGUGUUGCAACACAAGAAAAUCCAGAAUCCAAAUUAGAUUUCAUGUAAUUAUAACAUUGUCGCUGAUCGUCUCGCAAUAUAUAUAUAUAUUUAUAUAAAUCCCGAAACGACUAAUGUAUAUAUAAAUACUAUGUAUACAUGUAAUGUGAUAAUUAUCAAAAGAAUAUGUGAAUAUGUAAAUAAUAACAUUUUACAUGGUUUGUAAAUCAAAAUAUGUGUGAAAGUGAGAUUUUUUAGAAUAUA